UAGUAUUUUAAAUCUAGUUGUGUAGUUAGGCUUUGUACUUUCUUGGACUUUUAUGUAUAGCUUACAUCGCUACUUCAUAAUGCGUCUGAUAACACACAACCUAGUGAUGUGCAACACACCUCGUUGCAAAGAUGGGUACCCUUUGAUUAUAGAGGUCGCUCCUGGCGAGCAUUCCAGUAAGAUUGAGCCACAAGAGCUGGAUCCGGAAUUUAUUCGCAAAAUGCUAAAGCGUUUGGAUUAUCCUGUGCUUGUGGAUGCAGCUCGUUCGGUUGGCUUAAGUUUGCCUGAGAGUUACAGUGAUUCUGACUUGGAUUCAGAUGAAUUUAUCACUCAGGUUCAUCGAUGCAUACUAGAGUUCCACGUAGUCAAAGGUUGUCUCAAGUGCCCGCAGUGUUCUCAUGUCUAUGACAUUGACAAAGGCAUCCCUAACAUGUUACAUUGCGAGGGAAAGAAUUAGACAUCAGUAAGAAUUGCCACUGAAUCGCUGGCUCUAAUGGCUCUGUCCAUUACGUCCUCGUGUGUGCAUUGUGCCAUAUUGACACACAUUAUCAACACGUAUCAAUAUCGAUAGAAUCCGUGGUAUUGGUAUAC